CUUUUAUUUUUUAGAAAAUAACUACACCGGAGCUUGUAACCUAGGAGAGAGAGACUCUGAGGUUCAUUCUCCCCUGGUGUCCGGCCGGUGUUCCUCUGGUGGCCGGCCGGCUGGCCGGCGUAGUGGGACGGUUUGGAAAUGGAAGCAGAUGCCCAAAUGAUCUACAGUGUUAUGGAAGAAGGAGGAGAUGGUGUCGUGCAACCAGCUGCGUUGAACAAAGAGGCGUCUGCACCUAAGGGGCCCUCUUGGGCGUCCAUCGUUGAAGGGGAAAAGCUCCAUGAUGAAGACUAUCUGAAUGAAGUUGAAAUCCGAGAGGUGGACGGCAUUAAGGUGUUGUUCGUCCCCAAAUCAGCGCACGAGCACCUCAAAGCCCCUUUCCGAUUUACAGCUAUUGCAACACUUUCAGGUGGUCGCUCCAACAACAGGUAAAGGAUUGUUCCUGGUUAUGGCCUCAAAUGAGGCUGAUUUGCAAAUGAUUCUUGCUCUUGGUCGCUGGAAAGUUGGGGGGCGGGUUCUGGUUGCUAAUCGAUGGAGACCUGGCAUGUCGUUGAAAUUGGAAUCAUCCAGUAGAGUCCGCAUUUGGGUGCGCCUCCCUGAUCUGCCGCCAGAGCUUUGGAGGAAUGGUAUAUUUCAUAGGCUAGCCAGAAUGAUGGGAGCAACGUUCGUCGAAGCCGAUGCUUUCACAAAGGAGGUCGCUAGUCUGGGUUUUGCGCGUGUGCUCCUUGAGGUUCCGCUGGGUUUUCAUCCGGUGAAUAAAGUCAGGGUCUCAUUUGAAGAAGGGGUCGCCCUGGUGCAAAGUAUUGAGUAUAAGUCGAAGGUGAGAUAUUGUCGUAAAUGUGGUGCGACAUCCCACUUCACUUGCUUGUGAUGAUGUGAAGCAGUCCCUCAGUAUAUAUAAGGCUUGGAUGGCUGUUAAAAGCCCCAAACGUCAUUCCUUUUCCCUGAACAAAUCGACCAGCUAAUCAGGUGAACAGAUUCGUAGCACUCCAUAGUGUGCCUGAGAGGGAGGAGGGUGUUAAUCCUGAGGAGGGAGGGACUAGCUCUGCUCCUAUCCCUGAGAGUGCGAGGAGGAAAUCAAUGCAGGCCAAUGAGGCCUGUUCGGAAGUGGGGGAACAUGACAAGGUUUGUAGUAAAGAGGCGAAUCCUAUCAUAACAAAAGGGGCGACUAGUGCAAGUAUCCUCCAUGGCCAGCAGAGUGCCGACUCUAUGGCUAUAGAUGAGACACAUGAUCUCCCAGUCAAUGUUUUGGUGUCUCAUCGAAAAGCUCCAAUGGAGAAGAAACGCCAGUUGAAAAGCAAAUCUACCAGUUCAUUUAAAAAGAGACCCAACAGCCAUACACAGACAGAGAAGCUCCUCGCUGAUCUAUAUGCCUCUUGCUCUGACGCUAGCUUGACCCUUCCUCAGCCCACAGAUCACUCUAGCUUUGGUGCAGCUGAAGCCAGGGCCUCCCCAGCUUCUGAAGAUCCGAGUGAUAAGGAUAUGAGUUUACUUUUAUACAAAGAAGAGAAGAAAAUCCAUUUGAAUGCUAAGGAUAACAACCCUACCAAUGGAGAGCUGGUGGGGUGUAGUAGGGAGAGUAGCGCUUGCUGGGAUGCAAUGAGGUUCCUUGCUUGGAACGCUCGUGGGCUGGCUGGUGCCACUGCCCAGCGUGACCUCUAGUUAAUUUUUCAGCUUGCUCACCUAGAUAUUGCAGUCCUCAUUGACACAAAAUUGAAUGAGACUACUUUGACAAAACACAAUUUGAAGUUUAGCAGAUAUCUCUCUGUUUCUAACAUACAUGUUAAUGGCCAAUGGGCUCGGAUUUGGCUUUUGUGGGAUGUUGAUAAGAUGUAGGUUCAGACAUCUAAAGUGCAUGCUCAUUGGAUUUCUAUCGAGGUGAAGCACCUAAGUUCUGGCAGAAUUUUCUCUGUUUAGGGGGUGUAUCUCAAUCUGGAUUUCCGCAUCCGUACGUUCCAAUAUGAUGAGCUCAAUGAGGAGCUUUCUAGCCUAUGUAAUGUAAGCCCAAUGUAUGCUUGAACGAUUUCAAUUCGGUGGGGGACAUGUCGCACAAAAUUGAAAGACUCCCACCUCUUUGGCCUUGCAUUCUUUUCAAUAAUUUUAUUGCCUCCAACCAGUUUGUGGAAGUUCAUGACCCCGACACUAAGUUCUCUUGGUCUAACAAGAGAGAGGGGCCUGCAAAUGUGCAAAGUUUGAUUGAUCAUUGCUUUGCGUCCCAUGACUGGUGGGAUUGCCGGGAGUGGAAUUUCAGCCUUCGGAUUCUUCCUCGCACUUCUUCUGACCAGAGUCCUAUUGUUAUGGCAGCUGAGAGAAACCAUAUCUUCACCUGUGGCAAAUCGGUCUUCCGUUACUUCAAUUACUGGGAACAAUUUCCUCAAUGCACCAAACUCAUUGCAGACUGUUAAUCCUAUCAUGUCGCUGGUUGCCCCAUGAUUAGGCUUGUUUCUAAACUUCAACUUGUUAGAGAUGAGUUUCGGGAGUGGUCUAAGCAAGGCCCCAAUGAUUUGGUCAAAAUUAUUGAGAGACUCAGAGUGCACAGGUAGGAGUGGCUCAUAACCUUACGGAUAGGGGAGAUUUGUCGGCUUCCUCUUGGGACAUUAAGCUUCGCUUUACUCUCCUUAAGCUCAUCAAGAUGGAUGAGAAGCGGCUGAGGCAAAAGGCUCGUGUGAGGUGGAUGAGGGAGGGCGAUUCUAAUUCUAAAUUUUUCCAUGCUAUGGCAAAAGGCAGAUAACGGAGAAACCAUAUCCGUACCAUCAUGGAUGGAGAGAGGGUUAUCUCUGACAUGGAUGAAAUUUUUACAUCCUGCACUACUUAUUUCAAAGAUCUGUUGACUGACAAUGCAGGUUCGGGACUCCUUCCUUCUAAUGUUUGUACAGGGUGACUGAAGAAGAAAAUGAGCUUUUAGUGAGUCCUAUUCGCGAUGAAGAAAUACAAUGGGCAGUAUUAAGGGCGAAUAAGGAUUCAACUGCUGGACCAGACAGUUUCAACAAUCGCUUCUAUCAAUCAAACUGGUCCAUCAUUGGGCCCGACGUGCGCCCCGCAGUGAAGGAGUUUUUCCGGUCCGGCCGUAUGGUUAAAGGGAUCAACAAAACACACAUUGUUCUUCUUCCCAAAGAAGAUGGUGCUUGCACACAAGUUUCGACCUAUAUCUUUUUACAAUAGUAUUCUUAAAUUCCCCACUCGUAUUAUGGUUUUAUGCAUGAGACCCAUACUGAGUCGCAUUCUUCAUCGAAAUCAGGCGGCAUUUUUAAUGGGACGCAGCAUCCAGAGCAGUUUUUUGCUCAGUCAAGAGGUGGUUCAUUCACUUGCGCACAGUAAGUCUAAAGUUGUGUGCGUUAAAAUCAACCUUAGCAAGGCAUACGACAAAGUGAAUUGGCGGUUUCUGGAGAACAACCUCAAUCUGCUAGGCUUUUGCUCCAACUGGAGUAGGCGUAUUACGUCAGUUGUAUCUACUGUGUCCUCUGCACUGCUCAUUAACGGUAAAGAAGGAUCUUGGUUCUUCACCACUAGGGGGUUGCGGCAAGGAGACCCCCUGUCCCCCUAUCUGUUCAUCGUUACGAUGGAAAUUCUUAAUCGUAGCAUGUUGGCUCACCUGCAAUUGGGUAAGAUCCGUGGCCUAAAGGUUAGCGCUCUUAGCUCUAUUCAUUCCUCCUUCUAUGCUGAUGAUGUCCUUGUUUGCAUUGAAGGCAGGAAAAAAUUCUUUUUAGGUCUUAAAGAUUGUUUCCUUGAGUUUGAGGCUUGUCCGGGAGUCAAAGUUAAUCCCAACAAGACCUCUGUGUAUUUCUUUAAUCUUUCUGAUUUCGAGUGCAGCAGGCUAUGUGCUAUCACGGGCUGGAAAAGAAGUUUCUGGCCAGUGAUGCAUCUGGGUCUGCCUCUUCAAUACCAGGCCAUCACAGAGAGCCAAUGUUAGCACAUAGUGAUGAAAGUUAAUCAGAAAUUGGCAGGAAGCUGCUUUCUUAUGCUGGAAGACUCUAUUUGGUUAAACAUGUUUUGACAAUUAUCCUUAGCUAUUGGAUGAUGGUUUUGUGGAUUCUUCUGUCCACGUGCCACCAAAUCGAAAAGUUGUGCUCGGGUUUCAUUUGGGGGGAUGAUAAUGAGGUCAAAGGGACACACCUUAUCAGUUGGAAUGCUCUUCGUAAACCAAGGUUGGAGUAUGGCUUCGACACAUGGUGGAUAUCAAUAGGGCUAAUUUCUGUUUUCUCGGGGUCAAAGCUAUCACGCAGGACUCACUCUGGGCUGAUCUCGUCAGGGCCAAGUAUCUAACCAAAAAGAGUUUGUGGCAAUACAAACUCAGUGGGAGUGAAUCUAGCUUAUGGAAGCGGGUGAUCAAAUGUUGGCAGUUAAUUGAAUCUCAAGUUCAUUUGGAAAAUCAACAAUGGCUCUAGAGUCAAAUUUUGGCAUGAUCGGUGGAAUGGUGUCAUCAUCUCCAAUAUGAUUUCACCUACUAGUUGGCCGCUAAUUCAGGAUACCAUGAACUGCACUAUUAAGGAGUUGUUUGUCGACCAGGCAACCUAUGUCCAUAUGUUCCUAGACACUAUGAGCAUUCCCAUUCACCUCCCGUUGCUUGAGGAUAGUCGAUUGGAUACACUUGAAUGGGUGGACUGUAGUUCUCGACCGCUUUCAAGACAUCAUAUUUGGGACAUGCUGCGAGACAUAGCGCCACUCAGCAGUGGAGGAAUGCCAUGUGGAAUGUUGGAGCCCCUCCCCGUGCUGCAUGGACGACCUACCUGGCAGUUGAAGGUCGCCUUCAUAUUGAUGCUAGAGCUUAGGAGCAUGGACUCUACAUUACCUCCAGAUGUUAUAUUUGCAAAAGGGCUCAAGAAGAUAUCAACCAUGUCUUCCUCCAUUGCAAAGAAGCUAAAAGCCUGUGGGAGUUAGCUAUCAAGAAGUUCAGGUAAAGUAAUUUCCAUCCACUUACGGUUAAAGACGCUCUCGUAUGGUGGACCUCUCACUGAUUUAAAGAUAAAGUCAUCUUCAAGUGCUGGAAGAAUUUGCUGCACAUAAUCCUUUGGCACAUUUGGAAAUGGCGCAAUAACUGCAAGCAUGGGGAAAAGAUGCUAUGAACUAUAGUGGUAAGGCGCUAUGGAGCUACUGCAGCGACUUUAUGAUCUCAAGAGAUUGGAAGCAGGGUGACAAACAAGCUAUCCAAACGUGGUUACAGGUUGGGCUCCCUUGGGAACAUUGUAGUUUACCAAAACAAGGAUAGCAGGAAUGUGACUGCUCUAGUAAGGGAGAGUAGUGGGCAAUGUAUCUUUGGUAUCGCCUGUUGGAGUGAUGCAGUCAGAGCCACUGAUGAAGCUUGGGUUCUACAACAAAGUCUUAUAGCUGUCCAGGUAAUUGAUAGAAAUGCAGGUAACAUCAAAGUCAUUUGUAAUAAUGGGUUUUUCAUCAACCGUUGCUGCAAGUGCUUCAGAGAUGACUUAUCACAGAGGGGCGUUGCAAAUCAACUGUGCAACAAUCUGGUUUUCAUUAUAGAUGACCAUGUUUAUGAUGUGUUUCCUCUUCUUAAAAGAGGUGAUAGUGCCACUGUUUACAAGGUAUGACAUCAGCCGUACUGAAGAACGGAUAUUUUGUAAAUAAAUAGGAUCUCUUAUAUCCCAUUUUUUUGCUGUAAAUACUCUUUUAUUUUUUUGUCAAUAAAUUUCGAGGCGACCCCAGCAUCAUCAGUUUUAUGGAUGAACAAGGGUAGGGGCCGUACUCCCCCAAGCAGCUGACAAAAAUUGGGUUGGGAGGGGCACUGAUCAGCCCGUAAAAGUUUCAAUAAAAGGAAAGUCACAGUCUCUUUCUACAUUUGCUUUAGUCAAUACGAAAAUAAUGGGUGGGGGAGUCCAGUAAGUCCCCUCACUUCAUCAUCCGCCGUUUCUAAUGUGAGAGAGAGAGAGAGUCCAGAAAUGGAGUUCCUGUGCACUCCCCCUAUCCUCGUCCUCUUCUUCUCAGCAAUUCUAGCAAUCAGCUUCAAAUUCCUGCUCAAAGACAGGCUACCUAAGAAUCUCCCACCCUCCCCACCAGCUCUGCCCAUAAUCGGCCACCUCCAUCUGCUGAAGAAGCCUCUGUAUCGCAGCCUCGCCGACCUCUCCGCCAAACACGGGCCGACUCUCUCCCUCCGCCUCGGAUCCCGCCUCGCCCUCAUCGUCUCCUCCCCCGACCUCGUCGAGGAGUGCUUCACCAUUCAUGACAUCGCCUUCGCCAACCGCCCCCGUCUCCUCGCCGGCCGAUACAUGGGCUACAAUUAUACCACCAUGGGGUGGUCCUCCUACGGCCCCCACUGGCGCAACCUCCGGCGGAUCGCCACCCUCGAAGUGCUUUCCUCCGCCCGACUCCAGGCCUUCGCCGGCCUCCGCCGUGACGAGGUCCAGUGUCUCCUGCGCCAGCUGUUCGAGGAGUCCGACCCUGCUGGGUUCACGCAGGUGGAUCUGAGCUCGAUGGUGUCCGCCUUGGCAUUCGACACGAUCGUCCGGAUGGUCACCGGAAGACGGUGGUAUGGGAAAGGCGUGGCGGGAUCGGAGGAGUCGAAGCGGUUCGUGGCCGUCAUCAAGGAGGCGAUGGCCUUGCAAGGAGCGGUGAGCAUCGGUGAUUACAUACCAGCGUUGAGAUGGCUGGACCUGCAGGGGAUGGAGAGGCAGAUGAAAGACUGCUAUAAUAGGAGGGAGGUGCUGUUUCAGGGUUUGGUGGACGAGGAAAGGAGCAAGCGUCGUGGUGGCGAUGGCGUAGAUGGUGGAAGCGACGCCGGAGAUUCAAGGGGCAGCCUUGUCGACUUCCUUCUUUCCCUGCAGGAGAACGAGCCGGAAUACUACACCGAUCAGCUUAUCAAAGGGGUCAUGGUGGUAAUGCUGGCUGCCGGAACCGACACAACAGCGACGACACUGGACUGGGCAAUAGCUCUGUUGCUGAACAACCCGGAUGUGCUGAAGAAGGCCAGAGACGAGCUUGAUGCUCGAGUCGGCACUGACAGGCUUGUGGAAGAGUCCGACCUUACCAACUUGACCUACCUCCACUGCAUAGUGAAGGAAACUCUCAGGCUCUACCCUGCAGGCCCGCUCUUGCUUCCUCAUGAGUUAGGGGAGGACUGUAAUAUUGGGGGUUACGACAUUCCACGCGGCACAAUACUGUUCGUGAAUGCAUGGGCCAUCCAUCGAGACCCGAAGCUGUGGCCGGAGCCGACAAGGUUCAUCCCGGAGAGGUUCAGCGGGCUGGAAGAGAAAGACGAUGGUUUCAAGAUGAUCCCCUUUGGGUUCGGCCGGAGGAAGUGCCCGGGCUCAGGGUUGGCCAUGAAGGUUGUGCAGUUUGCCCUCGCUGGGCUGAUCCAAUGCUUCGAGUGGGAGAGAGUUGGGAGAGAAGAGGUUGACAUGGCUGAGGGUGUGGGGCUAACGCUGACGAGGGCAAACCCACUGCACGUUCUGUACAGACCACGCCACUCAAUGGUCAAAGUGCUCUCUCAUCUGUAGCUUAAUAGUAAGAAUUGCCACUUCUCUGUAACAUCUCACGGUUAGCUAUUUGCCCAAGAUUAUAGGUAUGUAUGUAACUAUCAAGUACCCACAUGUGGAAACAAAAAACUACAGAACCUUUCAAGUGGAAAUUGGUUUAUUCUGCAUCA